AUGCGCCGCCGUUUGCCGCCCAGCACUGCCUCCUUUCCCAAAUUGCCCGUGCCACAAAAACAAACACAUUACCCGCCCACCUCGCCCGCCGCGCCUUUCUUUUUCUUUUCUUUUUCUUUUCUUUUUCUCUUUCUCGUUCUCUUUCUCGUUCCGCUUCCCACUUGUUUCUCCGCCGUACCCACGCACUUACCCGCGCCUCCCACACCUCCCACACCUCCCACUCCCGCGCUCCCGCCCGCCUCGCCCACUUCGUCGCCCGGCGGUACCCAACCGCCCACUACUAAAAGAACGCUGCUUCCACGCCACGCCUGCUCGCUCGCCCCACACGCCCGCCCCCCACCUCUCCACCACGCCGCCAACUGUCGCCCCCACUCGCCCCCCCACAACUCCCCAGCAAACACUCCCCGCCCAGACGACGACUUCGUCCCGCCUCCGCCGCCCAAAUACAUCAACUCCAAGCUGGACGGCGUCCGCACACGCCUCCUCAACGCUGCACGUGCCCGCGUGCUUCCUGGAGCCGCCGCCGCUGCUGCCGCUGCCGCUGCCGCCACCGCCACCGCCACACCAAUAGCCCCCGCCACUGCGCCUCACACGGCUUGCCAGAUAGCCCCCGCCGCCACGUUUGCAGGCGCCGCCACCGCGCCGGCCACGGCACGUGCUGCAGCCGCCGUGCUGUCCAACAUGCGGUCGUCGCCGUUCAGGAUGCACGAUCCGAUGAGACUGAGCCCUGGGGCUGGGGCUGGGGCUGGGGCCAACCCUAGUAUCAACAAGGGUCUGCCCGGUGGCGGUGGUAUUAGCAAUGGCGGUGGUAUUGGCACUGGCAAUGGCACUAGCGCAAGCGCUAGUGCCAGUGCUAGUGCUAGUGCCCUCCACGCAGAAGUCAACGACAUCGCCAUCUGGGACGACGAAGACGAAGACGACGACGAAAACGAAUACGACAACGAAAACAAUCCCGAGCCUCAACCCCAAACCAACGACCCUUCCCAACCCAUCGCUCCAAAACUGCCCUCCAUAGUACAACGCAGAACCGUCACGUGGAAUAAAAACGGCAAACGCAUCGAUCGCAGACUCUCUGCCCCAGAAAUCAAUUCCUCCUCGCCCAUACAUCUCCCCUCCAUAACAACCCUCCCAUACACUUCCCCUACUCCUCCGACGUCGUCCAAACGAUCAAGGAAAAAACUAAAACUCACAAAACCAAACGAACUCGAUCUACAAUCCGACGACUCCAAUAUACUUCACGAUAUCAAGGAUUUAAAAGACAUCCGAUCCACCGACCUUCCUUCCACAAUCUCCUCUGCUUCCGCCUCGACCUCUGCCUCUGCAAAUUUCCCUUCCGUGGAUUCCCCUUCUGUGGAUUCCCCGUCCGCUACCACCACCGCAACACCAACUUCCUCUGAUAAAAAACAAACCCACAACACAAGAUCAAGAAACGGUUGUUGGAUUUGUCGGUUACGCAAGAAAAAAUGUACCGAAGAACGGCCCAAUUGCUACAAUUGUCAAAGACUCAAUCUCAACUGUUACUACGACAUCAAUAAACCCGAUUUCAUAUCAGACCCCAUCAAAAAGGAAAACAAGCUCUUGGAAAUCAAACAAAAGACUAAAGAAGCCAAACGUAAUGCUAUGCGUAAGAAACCAAUGAACAAGGGCACUUUUAAAAAGGAGAAUCCAGAACAACAUGCUUCGCUGUUGAAGGCCAAACGAUUGAAAGCUAAAGAAAGACAAUUGAAAUUGGAUGCGACGAGUGCGAGUGCGAGUGCAACUGCAAACGCAACUGCAACUGCAACUGCAACUGCAACUGCAAACCCGAGUGCAACCACAAGUGAUGAUCUGAUUUCAACACCAAUAACCGCAGAUUAA